ACGAGAAAUAUGGAAGACGAAGGAGGUAUUCCACAACUGAAUCAGGAAGAGCUGGAUGAACUGGCAGCCACACUUGAUAUACAAUAUGCAAUAUUAGACAAUCUGACAGGUGGGCACGAUACCUACACCGCUGCUAUCACAAUAGCCAACAAAGGGGAAACACAGUUGCAGUUUGGAAACUGGGCAAUUUAUUUCUCACACAUUCGCAUGAUAGAACCUGAGCAUCUUCCAUGCAAAGGUGGUGUCAAUCUACCAGGUGGACUUAACCUUUGCCAUAUCAAUGGCUGCUUGUUUCAACUCAAGCCCACACCGUUAUUUUUACCUGUGAGAAAGGGGGAAUCCAUAAUCAUUCCCAUUAAAGGACAGUAG